UACACAUAUAAUUUUCGGCCAUCCCAAUUUUAGAGAGAAGAAAAUUUUAUUUUGUGUUCAAAGUUAUUUUUCUAAAGUGUUAGAAAUAUACACAAAAUAUUAUAAACAAAUAUUUAUAAAAUAAAUAUUUUACAAUAUAUUUAUUACUCCCAAAGUAGUAUUAUUAUAGUUUUUACUAUCCUAUAUUAAACUUGCUAGCACAAGUUUAAUCUUGGACUCCGGAGCAAGUUCGUGUGGAUACGUUGGAGGCUUCAUACGUUUGGCGCUACGUUCAUCUCCUCAAAACCAUCCCCGACCGUUCCUCCGUUCUUCGUUUUCACCGUUAAGCACGAGGACAUGAAGGCCCACGAGAUGAUCGUGGCCUUGCGGCAGCUAUACCAGGGGCAAUCCAGGCAUGAACGUUUUCUCGUGAGUAAGGCUCUCUUUAGUUGCAAGCUAUCUUCAGGGAACCCGGUCGGUCCGCACGUUCUCAAAAUGAUUGGUUACAUAACCAAUCUGGAGAAACUCGGGUUCUCCUUGCAGAAGGAGUUGGCAACGGACCUGAUCCUGCAGUCGCUCCCUGAGCUGUAUAAGGGUUUUGUCAUGAACUACAUGAUGCAUGAUCUUGACAAACCCCUCCCGGAGCUUCUUAAAAUGCUCCAGACUGCAGAGGAGAACCUUACUAAGGGCUAGGGUGCUUCCGUCCUUAUGGUCCAAGGCGGAAAGGGGAAGCCGAAGAAGGGGAUUAAGAUUAAGGCUGGGACGGUCGGAAAGCUUAAAUCGAAGUCCACUUCAUCUGUAACCCAGAAACCCAUAGGAGGAGUUGCAAAGGGCAAAUGUCAUCACUGUGGUAAGGCAGGCCACUAGAGAAGAAACUGCAAGACAUACCUCGCAACCAAGAAGAAGGAAGGUACGACCAUUUCUUCUGAGGUGUAUGUUAUAGAAGUUAACAUGUCUAUAUCUUCAUCAUGGGUACUAGAUACUGGAUGUGGGUCUCAUAUCUGUACUACCAUGCAGGGACUGAAGCAGAGUAGACGGUUAGCUCGAGGCGAGAUUAAACUCCGAGUCGGCAAUGGUGCACCUGUUGCAGCUUUGGCAAUCGGAACUUAUAGUUUAGUCUUGCCUAGUGGUCUAAUUUUGGAAUUAAACGAUUGCUUGUACGUUCCUGCAAUUAGCAGAAACAUUAUUUCUGUUUCAUGUCUUGAUAAGAGUGAUUUCAUCAUUUCUAUUAAAGACAAGUCCCUUUC